GCUAAAUUGUGGAUUUUCUUCAGUUCACAACGAAUUGAACCCGUAAUGCAAUAACAACUUUAGUUAGGGUUUUCAAUCAUUUCUUAAAUUUGCAGCGAGCUGAGAAAAGAUUGAGCAAAGACCAGAGUUAAAUCGUUCAUGGCGGCGACAAGUGAUGAUCGGAGUAUAUGCAAAGUGUUGCAUGAUGAGGUAAAACCAGCUUUUGUAAUGGUUGUAGUGCAGGCUCUAUUCGCCGGCGUUAAUGUCGCCUACAAGAUUGCCUAUGCCGCCGGGAUGAACGCCGCCGUUUUGACAUUCUACCGCUUCCUGUUCGCCGCCGGUUUCAUCGCCCCCAUCGCAUUCAUCGCCGAAAGAAGCAAAAGGCCGAAACUAACAUGGAUAGUCGUAUUUCAAACAUUUAUUUGUGGACUAAUUGGAAUAGCAAUAGGAAUGAAUUUGAGUGUGAAAAUCGUGAUAUACUCUUCUGCAACCUUUUCUGCUGCAAUAGCCAAUCUCGAUCCCGCAAUUACAUUUAUCAUUGCUGUCAUAUUGAGGUUGGAGAGGUUAGGAUGGCAAAGACCAGCAGGGAAAGCAAAGGUGUUAGGAACUAUAGUUGGCAUUUGUGGAGCAAUAGUGUUCACAUCUUAUAAAGGCCCAGAGAUUAAUUUGUGGAAUACAAAUAUUAAUGUUUUGCAUUCAUCACCACACCUUAAACUUGGAACUCGGCCUUUAUUGGGAGCAUUUCUAGGGUUGGCUUGUUGUGUUUGCUAUUCCUUAUUGUUGAUUAUUCAAGGUAAAGCGGCUGACAAAUAUCCAUGUCCUUACUCAUUUACUGCUUUAACAUUGGCGAUGGGUUCAAUUCAGUCAUUCGUCUAUGCGCUUUGUGUGGAAAGAAAUUGGGAGGAGUGGAAGUUGGCAUGGAAUGUUAAACUUCUCGCAAUAACAUACUUGGGAACUCUGGGUGGUGGGGUGUUGUUUGCUAUGUCAACAUGGUGUGUUGGUGUGAAAGGUCCGGUUUAUGUUUCGGCGUUCACUCCUUUGUGGCUGAUCCUUAUGGCAAUUGUUGGAUCCUUGUGUUUGGAAGAGAAGUUGCAUUUGGGAUAUAUAUUUGGAGGGGUUUUAAUUAUGAUGGGAUUAUAUGUGGUGUUGUGGGGAAAACAAGAGGAAAUUAAGAGGGAGAAGAGAGGUGGAGAUGAUGAAGCACAACAAAGUGUGGUUGAAGAGGAAGGAGAAUUGAAGAAUUGCAAGUCUCCAUGAAGCUAAAAGGGAGGAGCUGAAGGCCUAAAGUCAACAAUCAUCACAAUAAUUUUUUUAAAAAAAUUAGUAAAUGUUAAUCCAAUAUUAUCGAAUGACUCUGUUAUAAUGUAGUAUAUGUUCAUAACUAUUGAAGCGCAUAGAGUCAAUAUCGUUCCCAUUGAGACGAUGAACCCAUGACCUCCCGUUUGAAAGGGUCACUUCAUGACACUAGACCACAAGGUCAUUAGAUUAUGUUGUAUUUUUGUAUAUGUAAAAAAUAAAAAUAAAAAUUUGAGCAAGUUAAAUAUAUAAGUAUAUAUGAAUAAAAGUAAUUAAUCAAAUAUUUAGAGACUUAUAGACUAAUUGAAAUAUGUCUGAGCCUCAUUCACUCGUCUCUAAAGCAGAAGCUGUGGGGUUAUGAAACACUAAUAUUAACCAAUAUGACUAGCGUGGUGGUUCAGCACCUCAUCUCUUAAACAUGAGGUUGAGAGUUCGAAGAUUAAUUUUCUGGUUAUCGACGGAAUAGAUACUUCGGGCCAAAAAAAAAAAAAA